CUGCGGCUGAUCUCAGAUCAGAGCGCCGUCGCUGAGCCUGGACGCCACUUCCGGUCCCGCGAUGGCGGUGGAUUUGACUCCGCGGUUCAGAAGACUGAACAGUCAAAGCUGUUUGAGAGAGAAUAAACUCCUGGCAGGUUUCGCUGGGCCCUUCAGGGCCACUCAGCUGUGGCAGAACAUCAUAGAGGCUCUGCGGACGCAGGUGGAGCUCGGACCCCGCAGACAGCACCUGCGCGUCCAUCACGACUGCUUCACCGGCUCUGAUGCGGUGGACGUGGUUCUGAGUCACCUCAUGCAGAACAUCUACUUCUGCUCCAGCGAAGUGUCCCGUCUCAAAGCCGCCAGGCUCUGCCAGGCCUUAAUGGAGUCCAGAGUAUUCGAACCAGUCGGGAUAAAGCUCUUCAGACGGGACAAAGAAAUGACCUUUGAGGACUCCAGCUGCAGCCUCUACCGCUUCCUGGACGGAUCGACCAAAAAGACAUACAGUGGCAGUGAGCACCAGACUCCAGACAAACAGACUGGAAAGAGGAAGACCACUUCGAGGUUUGGACAAAUGCAGACCAUCUCCAACCCUUUGGUUCUUGGAUCAUCAGAUAGAAGAGUGGAGAGACUACUAAAGAAUAUAAACCUGCACCCAUCUGUGCCCUCUGAUUUAAAUCGUGCUGCCAUUUCCAAUAGCUUCCUGUCAAGAAAAGUGGUACGGGACGUUUGGAGGCAGCAGGCGUUACUUCAGUUGCUACAGGUGGUUGAGAUCGCUAUGCUGGACUGUAUUCUGACCUCACCUGCCAAACCGGAGCCCCUGCGCUCGUCUCAUCGCAACCACGGUGACCUGGUCAUCUCCAACACUUGCGUGGAUCGUGAAGUGUCCGAAAGUCUCAACCUGCCUGAGUUGGACGCUUGGCUGACGGCAGCGGUGGAUUGUCUUGAUCUGUUCCCAGAUCAGUUAAUCGUGGUUGCCAGUGAACAGCUGAUUCAGCAGAAUGCAGCAUCUGGGAAGGAGAAGCAUAAGAGACUGCUGUUCGACAUUAUCGCCAAGUAUUACAACAGCCCCGAGAGACCUCCACUACUGUCAGGCCGCUACACCGACGUCCAGACUGGAAUCCUACAUCUUUUGGAUUGUGGGAGAGGUGAGGAAGCCCUGAGAGCAGCUCAGCUCUGUCUGCAGCUGCUGGAGUCCACAAGCAGAGACGAGUUACGCAGACUGUUGGGUUUUAUGGCAACCGCUGCAGAUAAUGAAGCUUUCAGACUGCACAAGCAGAUUGAGAACCGGGCUUUGGUUAGCAAGACGUUUGUGAAGGCUGUGAUCCAGAGUAAAGAAAUGACUCGUGUCCAGUGUGAGCGACUGCUGCUGUUCCUCAUGGAUAAUCACACACAGCUCUUUAAGACACCAUUAUCAUUGAUUGAGGCUGUGAGGAAGACACUACAAACCGUGCAGCAAGGGAGGGAUCUAGAUAAUGUAGCACUGUUCACGUUCUGCCAACGGGUGUCGCUCCAGCAGUAUGAGGGUAACAAAGAUAAAGCCACUCUGGACAGUCUGAAGCAGUUAAUGCAUCAUAUCGCUCACAGUGACGGCCUGUCCGUCAAACAGAAGAGAGGACUGGCCAAACAGUUCCAGAAACAUCACCCAGGGAUUUUCCUCCAGCACUUCUUUUCUUCAUUCUAGAAACACUGGAUAAAAAAUAGUCUUGUCAGUCCGAGAAUGUUUUUAUUAUUCUGGGUUAUAGAAGUAUACCAGGUAGAGAUGUUUGUUAAAGGGAUAGUUCACCCAAAAAUGAAACUUCUGUCAU